CUGAUCAUUUACUUCAUUCAGUGUGGUGAACAAGCAGCCUGUCACUCUUAAGCUAGCACACAACGUAACUGUUCGACGCUAUAACGCUGAGCAACACACACACUCCCAAAGAUGGCUGACACAAACCAACAAAGUCCUCCUCCUCCCCAGCUAGGACUUCUGCAAUUUUUAAUGAGCAACAAGCUGGAAACUGCAAUGUGGCUUUCACGACUCUUCACAGUCUACUGCUCCGUAAUGUUUAUUCUACCAAUUUUGGGACCCUAUGCAGCAACUAACUUCUAUCAGCGAGCCUUGUUGGCAAACGCCCUCACCAGCGCCCUCCGCUUGCAUCAAAGGCUUCCACGCUUUCAGCUGAGCAGAGCUUUCCUGGCCCAGGCUCUGCAGGAGGAUAGCUGUCAUUACUUGCUCUACUCGCUCAUCCUGGUCAACUCCUACCCCAUCACAAUGAGCAUCUUCCCAGUCUUCCUCUUCUCUGUGCUUCACGCAACCACCUACACAAAGAAAGUCCUGGAUUCUGUGGGCCCCAGCAGCCUGAUGUUCAUCAGAAACCUGCUGGACAAACUUACGUCCAAUCAGCAGAACAUCCUGAAGUUCAUCGCCUGCAACGAGAUCUUCUUGAUGCCAGCGACAGUCUUCAUGCUCUUCAGUGGCCAGGGAAGCUUGCUGCUGCCUUUCAUUUACUACCGAUUCCUCACCCUCCGCUACACAUCCAGAAGAAACCCAUACUGCCGCACCUUGUUCACAGAGCUGCGAAUCCUUCUGGAGCACUUCAUCAUGAAGCCCAUUUGCCCCGCCUUCUUCAGGAAGAUGUGCCUCAGCAGCAUCGCCUUGAUCAGCCGCCUCGCCCCCACGGGCAUCUGAUUUUAAAACUACGUAGAGGUUCUGUUUUCUUUCCGUUUUUGGGUUUUCCACCAUUUAAGAUGUGACUUAAACUUUGAUGAGGACAGACAUUGCCAUCAACAGAAGGACCUGUUUUUUGAAUGUCAACUUUUCAGCCUCUGCGCCUCCAAAUUCUCUGUAUAUUUGAGUACAGUUGAAGAGCAGCCAGUAAUGCACUGAAGUCUCAUGGUGAUGUUUCCUUUCCCAUCUUCUUAAUGUGACCUCAUUCAAGCGGUGGACACCCCUCACUCCGUUACGUUCACUGAAUGCAGCACAGCAGACAUCAACUGUGAUCUGUACCUACCGGCUGUUUUUGUUUUUUCCUUAUGUCCUUAUUUAUUCAUGAAAAUCAUGUAUUCUAUGAUAAAAAAACAUUAACAUUCUGAGAUUAGUAACUUAAAUGAAAUGUGCUUAUACAUAACUAAUGUUCUUUUUUAACAUGAUCAUAUUGUGCUUGGAUAGAUGGAGGAUGG